ACUUGCGCUUUGUGAUUGGUCCGGCAGCUUCUGGGAUCUGUCAUGUGUCCCAGGUACCGCCUUACCAUUCACAAAAAGCACCGCUUCUUGCGCAUGCGCACUUGGCACCCGGCUGUCAAGCCCAGCGCCACUACAGAAGCCGGGAAGACAGCGCGCCGCUGGAUAGAGGAACAGGUAAGGUCCCGCUGCAGAGCUGAGCGGCCGGCUCGGUAUUCUGACACAGCGGCGGAGGAAAUACCGGACCGGCCGAUCCAUAUUCGCUCCAUAAGACGCACUGAC